AUGUCCCGAAGCAAUAAAUUGGCGCCGGAAGCGAAUCGCAUUCUCUUUGUCAAGAAUCUCGCCUACAACAUUGACACGCCUGCACUCUUCGACCUUUUUGGCAAAUUCGGACCUAUUCGUCAGAUUCGUGCCGGCACAUCCAACACUACAAAAGGUACGGCUUUCGUCGUCUACGAAGAUGUCCUGGACGCAAAGCAAGCCUGCGACAAACUGAACGGGUUCAACUUCAUGAACCGUUAUCUCGUGGUCCUAUAUCACCAGCCAGAGAAGAUGAAGGUUGAGGCCCGAGAGGACAUUGCUGCAAGACAAGAAAAUCUAGAACGCGUGAAGAAAGAGCAUGGGAUUGAAUGA